AGCCGCCCCGCCCCGCCUCUUGUGGGCCGCGGGCCCGGCCACUAGAGCCACGUCCGGCUCCGCGCUCGCCCGAUGGCCGACUGCGAGGUUGUGCGCGUUUCUGGCUUCGAGGAGUUCAACCGGGCCGUGGAGGAGCACAAGGACAAGACCGUUUUCGCCUAUUUCUCUGGGUCUAAGGACGCCGAAGGGAAGAGCUGGUGUCCCGAUUGUGUCAAGGCUGAGCCAGUCGUGCAGGAGGCGCUGAAGCACGCUACGAAAGGGUGUGUGUUCAUCUACUGCCAAGUGGGAGACAGACCUUAUUGGAAAGAUCCCAAUAAUGAGUUUAGGAAAAAGCUGAAGAUAACGGCAGUGCCUACGCUCCUUAAAUAUGGAACACCUCAGAAGUUGGUGGAAUCCGAGUGCCUGGAGGCCAGCCUGGUGGAGAUGCUGCUGUCUGAAGACUAACAUUUGAUGUGGCAACUGUGUCCCGAUUCACUACGGUUAUAAAAGAAAUGAUAAAGGCAUGCUUGCAUUGUAUUCAUUGUUAGCAGUGAACAAGUACU